AUGGGCCCCAGCUUGGGCUCCAUAGGACGUGCGAUUGACGUGAAUUCCGGGCUCGCAGAGACUUUCUCGUGUAGAGCAGAAGCACGAGAUUACUGCGAUACCCGGCCCGUCCGCUUUCCAGCAGUUCUCCCCGUCCAGGAAGUUAUCCCGAAGAUCGACCAUUCUGAAAACCACCUCAUCGCCACUCAUGCCUACGACAAAAUUCCGCUCAACUACACUCUAACCUCCCUCCAUCCUCUCCCUCCCGAAAUCCGCGAGAUCAUCUUCGAUUUCGCCGGCUAUAUCUCCCACAAACCCACACUUCUCAACGUCCUCCUCACCUCCAAAAAGAACUACCUGAAGUAUUUCGACAACCUCUACAGCCGAGUCCGUCUGACGGCUACCAACGCUGCGCCAUUCUUCAGCCAUGUGCUAGGCCUCACCCAGGCAGACAUCGCCGCAGAUCUGGAUCCCCACGCCGACAAGCUCUACGAGUACCUCAUCGGCGUCGGGAACACGAUCCUCUCCUGGGGUCCGAGAACGUGGUUCCCGUCCCCCAUCUUGCGGCGGAUCUACGCUGCUUCCUGCGUCGACGUCCUCAUCCUAUCUGAUCCCAAGUCGGUCUUUAUCACCCGCGACGCUAUCCUCAGCUUUCAAAGCUGGGUCACAUACCGCCCAAAAGAUAUCUGGGACCCAACAAGAUACAAACGAGAAGGGGACCAGUUGAUCGAGCUGCAAAGCUGUCAAUGGUCGCUGUUCUACGGCCUCGAGUGGCUCGUGCUUGGAGAAGAAGUCUUGCGGGAGAUGAGAGAUACCACAAUUGACUGGCAAGGUAUCUUCAGCGAAAUGUCUUCCGGCGCUGGUAAAUUCAACCGACACAUCAACGUAUGCUGCCACUUUCCCAAUAUCGACCAUCUCGACGUCCCCACGGCUGCUCUAGCGCCUUUUCUCCAAAAAGACAUUGAAGAUGAGGGCCUGGACGAGGGGCAGAUUGUGUGUCUUCACAAUGUGAACCCUGCCCAUUUACGAUUGCCGGUACAGGCGGAGGAGAUGCGGAUCUACCUCCCGCCUUCUGACCCGUCGAAGCCUGAGGCGGAAGCUGGAUUCGAGUCGAUCGCGUCGAUGUUGAAGACAUACCACGGUAUGGCCGAGCUGCCCGUCGACGCCCGAGAGUAA